AUGGCCAAUGACAGCGGAGGGCCCGGUGGGCCGAGCCCGAGCGAGCGAGACCGGCAGUACUGCGAGCUGUGCGGGAAGAUGGAGAACCUGCUGCGCUGUAGCCACUGCCACAGCUCCUUCUACUGCAGCAAGGAGCAUCAGCGCCAGGACUGGAAGAAGCACAAGCUCGUGUGGCAGGUCGGCGAGAAG